AUGUUGUUGAAGACUUUAACUACAGUGGCCGCCACAUCUUUAUUGGCAGGCUUCGCAACUGCUGAUGAUCUACCAGCCAUUGAAAUUGUUGGUAACAAAUUCUUCUUUUCCAAUAAUGGUUCUCAAUUUUAUAUGAGAGGUGUUGCUUACCAAGCUGACACAGCUAACGCUACCUCAGGCGAUACUAUUAACGAUAGAUUGGCCGAUUUCUCGAGUUGUUCAAGAGAUAUCCCAUACCUACAACAACUAGACACUAAUGUCAUCCGUGUUUAUUCUGUGAACACAUCAUUAGACCAUUCAGAAUGUAUGCAAGCUCUUAACGAUGCUGGUAUCUACCUUAUUGCAGAUUUGUCUGCUCCAGACGAGUCCAUCAACAGAGAUUCUCCAUCUUGGGAUCUUGAGUUGUUCGACCGUUAUAAAUCCGUCGUUGAUUUAUUCGCCAACUACACUAAUGUCUUAGGGUUCUUUGCUGGUAAUGAGGUUACCAAUAACAGUACUAAUACUGAUGCUUCUGCUUUCGUUAAGGCAGCUGUCAGAGAUACCAAGAAAUAUAUUGCCGAUCAAAAUUACAGAUCCAUCCCAGUUGGUUAUUCUUCUAAUGAUGACGCUGACACUAGAGUUGCCAUUGCUGAUUAUUUCGCUUGCGGUGAUGAUGAUGUCAAGGCUGAUUUCUAUGGUAUUAACAUGUACGAAUGGUGUGGUAAUUCCGAUUUCAAGACUUCUGGUUACGAAGAUAGAACUAAGGAAUUCGCUAACAUUUCCGUCCCACUUUUCUUCUCUGAAUAUGGUUGUAAUGAAGUUAGACCAAGAUUAUUCACUGAAGUUCAAGCUUUAUAUGGUGAUAAUAUGACUGAUGUUUGGUCUGGUGGUAUUGUGUACAUGUACUUCGAAGAAACUAAUAAGUACGGUUUAGUUAGUAUUGACGGUGAUGAUGUUAAGACACUAGAUGAUUUCAAUAACUACUCCAAAGAAAUUCACAGCAUUUCUCCAACUUCUGCUAACACCGCGUCCUAUACUGCAUCUUCUACCUCUUUAGCUUGCCCAACCAACUUCGCCAAAUGGAACGUCGCUACUAACUUACCACCAACCCCAGACAAAAACCUAUGUUCUUGUAUGGAUGCCUCUCUUGGUUGUGUCGUUGCAGACGAUGUUGAUGAAGAAGAUUACCAAGAUUUGUUCGAUUAUGUCUGUGGUGAGAUCUCUUGUGACGGUAUCUCCAAGAACGGUACUUCAGGUGAAUAUGGUGCUUACUCUUUCUGUUCUUCCAAAGAACAGUUAGACUUCGUCUUAAACUUGUAUUACGAAGCUAACGGUGGUUCUAAGAGUGAUUGUGACUUCAGCGGUUCCGCUACUUUACAAUCUGCUACAACUCAAGCUGGUUGUGCUACUGCUUUGAGUCAAAUUGGUAGUGCUGGUACUAAGAGUCCAUCUGCCUCUGCAACUUAUGCAUACGGUUCCUCUGCUUCCAAAUCCACAUCUAACGCUAAUAGGGCUACUGCCUCUUCCCGUUCCUCUGGUUCUUCUGGUUCUUCUAGGGCUUCUGGUUCUUCCGCUUCCUCAUCCUCAUCCUCAUCCUCUUCUUCCACAUCCUCCUCAAGUUCGAAUGCUGGUAAUGUCAACGCUAAGUUGAAUUUUGCUCAAGUCUUAAUCUCUUCCUUCGUGACCGUUUCUUUGGUCGCUGGUCUUGGUUUCGUCUUAGUUUAA